GCUCCGCGUUGAGCGGCAGAGGGGCACACCCAGUCAACAUCCAGAGAGCCGGCAUUUCCGUGAGGGCGCGCCAGAUGAAGGCGGGACUUCCGGUGUUUCCGUGGCGGUCAUUUUGGCGGUUCUCGGGGUGGGAAGGUUGGGAGCGUCCGGUGGGCUCCGAGGUGACAGACAGAGAAGGCUCGAGAAGAGGCUUCGUCCCCAGAGAAUAGAGGCGAUUGUAGGGUCUGGGACAUCGCCGCCCGCGAGGCCGGCCUGGGGACGUUGGUGCCGUGUCCUCCCGGGACGCUCGACUGUCAGCUCUCGGCUCCGCCCGUUGCUCCGGUGGCGGCGGCCGCGCUGAGGGACCCGCCUCAGGUUUCCAUGGAUGCAGAAGUGGUUUUGGAAGCUAUACAGGGAAGUGUGACCUUUGAGGACGUGGCCCUGUAUUUCUCCUGGGAGGAGUGGGAUCUCCUUGAUGAAGCUCAGAGAUGCCUGUACCACGAUGUGAUGCUGGAGAACCUGGCACUGACAUCCUCACUGGGUUGUUGGCAUGGAGUGCGAGAUAAGGAAGCACCUUCUGAACAGACCGUUUCUGUAGAAGGAGUGUCACAGAUCAGGACUGUCAAGGCAGGUUCAUCUCCCCAGAAGGCCCAGCCCUUUGAGAUGUGUGGCCCAGUCCUGAGAGAGAUUUUGCACUUGCCUGAGCACCAGGGAACACAUCUUGGGCAGAAACCGUACACGUGCGGGAGUCAACUUUAUUUCACUGCCAACCUUCAACAGCACCAGGGGCAGCACAUUAGAAGGAUACCCUACAGAAGUUCUGUGGCUGGAGCCUUGUUUGUAGAGAGCUGCACGACCCGUGUGUCAGGGAAAUCCUCUUCCUGUGGGGAGAUUGGGAAGGACUUCUUAGCCAGCAUGGGCUUUCUCCAUCAACCGGCCACUCUCAGUGAGAAGGCAAACAGCGGUGAUGCCUGUGAGGGUGUCUUUCACAGCGGAAGAACGCAUCAGAACUGGGGAGGAGGCAAGAAAGCCGUCACCUGCACCGGCACGCUUGUUGACCAGAGAGCCCUCACUGCAGAAGGGCUUUAUGAGUGCAGCAGGUGUGGAAAAGCCUGCACCCGGAGAUGUAACCUCAUUCAGCACCAGAAAGUCCACACAGGAGAAAGGCCUUAUGACUGCAAUGAAUGUGGGAAGUCCUUUACCUACCUCUCGAGCUUUAUUAUACAUCAGAGAGUCCACACUGGAGAAGGGCCUUAUAAAUAUAGGGAAUGUGGAAUAUCUUUUAGUCCAAGAUCCAAAUUCAUUCAAUAUCAGAGAGGAAACCCUGGAGAACGGCCUCAUCAGUGUGGUGAAUGUGGAAAAUCCUUUAGCCGAAGCUCUACCCUCAUUCACCACAGGAGACUUCAUACUGGAGAGAGGCCAUAUGAAUGCAGUAAGUGUGGGAAAUCCUUUAAGCAAAGCUCCAGCCUCAGUUCACAUCGGAAAGUCCACACGGGAGAAAGGCCUUAUGAGUGUAGCGAAUGUGGGAAAUCCUUUAGCUGCAAAUCUAACCUCAUUAUCCACCUAAGAGUUCACACUGGAGAAAGGCCUUAUGAAUGUCAGGAGUGUGGAAAAUCCUUUAGCUGCAAAUCUAACCUUAUUAACCACCUGAGAGUUCACACUGGAGAAAGGCCUUAUGAUUGUGGAGAGUGUGGAAAGUCCUUUAGUCAAAGAUCUGUCCUCAUUCAACAUCAGAGAAUUCAUAGUGGAGAAAGGCCUUAUGAGUGCAAUGAAUGUGGGAAAUCUUUUAGCCGAAAGUUUAGCCUCAUUUACCAUCAGAGAGUUCACACUGGAGAAUGACCUCAUGAGUGAAAGGAACAUGGGAAAUCUUAGCUACAAUUGCAACCUCAUUAAACACUUAAGUGUUCACACUGGAGAAAGGCCUUAUGAGUGUGGGGCGUGUGGAAAAUCCUUUAGCCAAAGUUCUGCCGUCAUUCAACACC